AUGUAAUCUAAACUAAAUAAUCCAGAUGAUACUUACAAUACAGAACCAACUGCAGCAAACAAAGUAUAAAUUAGAUUAGACAAAUUUUAUAUACCGAUAUUGAAGAAAACGAAAGUGCAUAGAGUGGUUUUUAGAGAUGAAUGUCAAAAAGGAAAGACAAUUGCAGAUAUUCAUGUUGUUGAAAAUUGGAAAAGAUAUAAUUAGUUAACAGAGGAAUCAGCGAAAACCUGCUGUUCCACAUUCUGA